AUGCACCUGCGACUACUUCUACAGCUACUAAUUACAAUAUACCUAUAAUCGGCGUAUCUAAAAGGGGAAAAAUAUGCAAAAUAAUGUAAUUUAUUUUGCUUUGCUAUUACAUUAACAAUAAUCUAAUUUCCCAUGUCACGCCCCCGAGUUUCCGGCGCGUUUAUUGCCACCCUAUCACGUUCUUUACGCCCGGCAAAGUUGCCGUUUUAAUAAACAGUAGUUGAACUUUGAGUGUGACUUAGAAAGGUUACCGUCAUGGCUACUGUCUCUUAUAAACAAAUGGCACUGCUGGUGCUGCUCUCUUUAAUACUUACACUUGGUUUGGGUUUCGGAAUCCCAGGAGGUCUAAAUUACUUCGCUGCAGUGCUAGGAUUUUCAGACAGCUCCGUCACUUACGGCAUCGUUUUUGUGUAUUUAUUGGUUGUUUUCUGCGUAUUGCUCCCUCCUAUCCCUAGAGGGUCUGUCAAGGUUGAAGGAAAGGCAGUUUUGAUCACAGGCUGUGACACAGGGUUUGGGUUUGCUCUUGCAAAGCACUUGCAUGCCCUAGGAUUCACUGUUUUUGCUGGGUGCCUCUUCAAGAAUAAAAAUGGAGAUGGCGCUAAAGAGCUAGAAAGUAUUGAAUCUGACAGGAUGAAAGUCCUUCAGAUGGACGUGAGAAAUGAAGAAGAGGUUGCACAGGCUGUGGAAUAUGUCAAAAGAAAUCUCCAGGACCCUGAGAAAAGUCUCUGGGGGAUUGUGAACAAUGCUGGAAUUGCUACAUUUGGUGAAAUUGAGUUCACAGCAAUGGAAAAAUAUAAGGAGGCAGCUGAUGUCAAUUUGUGGGGCACUGUCCGAGUAACCAAAGCAUUCCUCCCUCUCAUCCGCAGAGCAAAAGGUCGGGUUGUGAAUAUGUCUAGCCAGGCAGGACGAAUGUGUCUUAUUAAUCGUUCCACAUACUGCAUCACAAAAUUUGGUGUGGAAGCCUUCUCUGAUUGUCUGAGGUAUGAAAUGCACCGGUGGGGAGUCAAAGUCUGUAUUAUCGAACCUGGGAAUUUCAUUGCUGCUACUGGUAUAUUUACACGUGAGAAGGUACAGGUACAGGCUGAUGAAAUGUGGAAUAGUGCACCUGACACUGUUCGUGAGGACUAUGGAAAAGCACAUUUUAAUCGUCAGGUGAAUAUGAUGAACUCAUUUUGUAACAGUGGUUCAAAAGAGAUGUCCCCUGUUAUCAAUGCUAUAACAGAUGCACUAACUUCAAAGUAUCCAUAUACACGAUAUAACCCAGUGGAAGCUUACUGGUGGAUAAAGAUGCAAGUAAUGACCCACCUUCCUGCUGCUAUUGCAGAUCGGAUUUAUGUCUACUAAGGACUGUACUUUUGAGUACAUUCUUGAUUACACCGUGUAAAACAUUUUCUUUGCCUUUAUUUCGUAAUAAACAUGCAGAAUUGUAGUGUGUGUGUUAGUCACUGAUCCUGUCACAUUGUUUGUGGAAAACUGUAUGACCUCAGAACAUUUUAACAUAUUAAAAUAAUACUUAAUUAAUAAUAAUACUUAUGCAUCUUUUAAUAAAAUCACAUUAUUGAAAUUA